AUGCUGAAGCAGAUACACUUGAACAUCCCUUUGGUGGACAUGCUCCGUACGGUACCAAAAUAUGCAAAAUAUAUUAAGGAUAUAGUGUCAAAUAAGAGGAAGUUAACUAAGUUUGAGAUCGUCGCACUUACUAAGGAGUGCAUUUCCAGGAUUCAAUAUAUGCUUCCACAAAAGCUUAAGGAUACAGGAGCUCCGAUACCCACCACGGUGAUGCUACAGUCAGCUGAUAGAUCUUAUGUUUAUCCUGAGGGGGUACUUGAGGACGUUUUGCUGCAAAUUGGGAAGUUUAUUUUCCCUGCAGAUUUUAUCAUCCUAGACUACGAGCUGAUGAGUUAG